AUGUUGUCAAAGUUAGCACAUAAUUUGCUCUAAAGCAAGCAUAAAUUAUGCAAAUCUGUUUUAAAAUCUGGCAGUCAAAGUCUUACGUAUUUGGCUAGCUACAAUUACUUGAAGAACCAAAAGUAGGAUUAUGAGAAGAACAACUAUUUUAUGAGUUAGAUGAAAAAUAGUCUUAUUAAGGAGAAUGAAUUCGAUUUUAAAUUUAAGCAAGAAAAGAAUAUCAUAAUAGCCUUUGUCAAGAGAAAGCAUUUUCCAGGUAAUUCAGCAGAGAAUAAAAAUGAAAGACAACAAUAAAAGUUACCUGAAAGUAACCGCAAAAGAGACAACAAGAAGCUUUAAGAAAACUUAAUAGCACUUCACUCAAGUGAUUAUAAUUCUAAUUAGGUUUAUAAAAUAAACUGCUUGAUGUUUAUAGCAUAUAUGCUUAAAAUGAACAUAAAGAUUGAAUAAGGCUAUCACAUUCACCACUUUUAUUAGAGUUCAUUCUUAGAAAACGAUUAGUACAAAUCAAUAGUGAGAACUUUGAUGGAUUUGACUGAAAAUGAUUUAUCUGACUUAAUUUAGUACAGUAUUUAAUGUCUUCUGCAAGAAUAGAUUCUAAAAAUGUAGGCCAACUAAAAACUUGACAUUGUGAUUAACAUCAUUUAAGUAGGUUUACAGCAGAAGUUUGCUUUGUUUAUAAAAUAGAUCAUUCUCAGCAUACCAGACAGCGAAUUUAAGUUAAUUAAACCAUGGAGAGCAGUUUAUACCAUAAAAGAAUUCCCUAAACUUCUUCAACAUUUAUCAUUUAGAGAUAUGGAUUAUAUAAAUGAGUAGAUAUCAGAUAUCUUAAAAGAAAAAAUACAGAAUAUAGGUUCAUAUUUUAUAUUGGACAUGGCUGAGUCAAUCAAUAAAUUGAGCUAGCACAGUCCAAAGAGUCAUAUCCCAUUUAAGUCAUUUACAGUUGCUCUUUAAAAGCGCGUUUUAGAAUUGAUCAACGAAGAAGAAAGCAAACAAACCAAUGAAUCCUAAGACAAUUUAGUUAAGAAACCAAAAUUUAUCUUACAAAUGAUUUAAGUUAUUAAGCAUCACUAAGAGGAUUUGAAUUUAGAAUUAGUUGAAAAAUUAGAAACCAAUUUGGCUCAAGUUGUACCUUACAAUAAUCCAUUUAAGGCUCAUCUUCUAUUUUUCAACAGCAUUGCAGUUUUAAAUUUUGGAGAGAAAUUGCUUUAAAAUAUUUGCAAUAACAUCAAAGAUAAAUCUUCUGAAUAUUAUUAAGAAGCAUUCAAUUACAACAUAAAAUUCUAAAUAAAACUUAUGUACAACGAGCAGUUGCUGUACAUUUAAAAACAAACAUAAAAUUUGUGGAGUAAAUAAUAUUUAUACUAAUAAGAUAUUUAAGAUAUUGAGCUUUUCAAAGAAACUGAGUUAUUUUAGAGUUUUAAUGAAAUUAUUUCUUAAAAAUUAAAUACUGUUGAAGAUCUCAACAGUCUUGAUAUUUAAACUCAACUUUUAAUGAGAAGACUCUACGGAAUUUUGUAUAAAUCAAAUGAAAAACUUUGCUAAUUAGUAGAAACUAAUGUCUAAUAAAAUUAAAAGCUAUUUUUAAAAAGUGAUACAAAUGCUAGCUCAAAUGAGUUCAACUCAGACUUAAUGAUGUAUAUGAAUUAGAAAGAAAUUGAAUACGAAGUAGAAAAGUUUAUUGGAUACAGAAACUGCGAUAUAUUUAUUCCCUCACUUAAUCUUAUCAUUGAACUAGAUGGAAAAUACCAUUUACAAGAAGCAAAACUAGCUAAGGAUUAAUUUAGAAACAUUUGCUACCUUAAACAAGGAUAUAAAAUGCUAGAAAUUAAUAUUAAAAAUUGGGAAAUUUUCAGACUAGAAGGAAAAAUUGAUUAAAUUUUAGAUUAAAAAUUAAACGAAUUCAAAGAAAAUCCCAAUUUAGUUUUAUCACAUAUUUGA